AUGGAAGCCGUAGCCCAGUACGAUUUCCAACCCCGCAACUGGGACGAGCUCAGCUUCCGACGGGGCGACCUCCUGAAGGUCUUGGAGAAAGAUUCCGAGCCUCGCUGGGCCAACGCGGAGCGGGGCGGGCGCGAGGGCCUCAUCCCCGAGAACCGCAUCGCCUUCAAGCCCCACCCCUGGUUUUGGGGCAAGCUCCCGCGGGACAUCGCCGACGAGGCGUUGGCCAGGCAGAGCUUCGACGGCGCGUUCAUGAUCCGCGAGAGCGAGAGCGCUCCGGGCGGCUUCUCGCUCUCGGUCAAGACGGGGCCCGACGUGCAGCACUUCAGGGUCUUCCGAGACUUGAGCGGGCACUACUACCUCGGCGCGGCCGCCUUCAACUCUCUGAACGAGCUGGUGCAGCACCAUCGGACGACCUCCGUCUCCCGGGACAGAGUCAUCCUCCUGCGGGACAUGGAGCAAGGCCCUCGGUACCCGACCUACGUGCGGGCGCUGUUUGACUUCCGGCCUCAAAUGGCGUGCGAACUGGGCUUCCGACGUGGAGAUGUCAUUCGGAUCCUGGACGAUUCCGACCCCAACUGGUGGAAAGGAGCCUGCGAAGGGCGGAGGGGCAUGCUGCCCCACAACUUCGUGGCCCCAGUGAAAUGGGAUGGGUGUAGCACCGGUGGUGGUGAUGCUGGCGUGCGGGAGAGGGGAUACACUUGGCCUUCCACCUCCCAUCAGCUCUGACCAUUGGGCAUGCUGGCUGGGGCUGAAGGGAGUUGUAGGUGGGCUUCCUCUGGAGGAAAGGGGAAGCAAACAGAUUCCACACCCCCUGGCUUAAAAACACACACACACACACACACACACACACACACAUCUUAACUGGCACCAAUUCACUGGACUCCUGCGAUAAACAAGUGUACCAGUCAGUUUAUCCUGUGCAUGGAUUUCAGUUAUGAGCUGCUCUGAAAGGAUUAGAGGUGAGGAAGGUGGAGAGAGAGGGUCUCCCCUUUGCUCGCCCACCCUGCCAAGUCACAGGGCUGUUUUGAGACAUUUUGGACAAUAGCCAGAUCAACUACAAGGACAGUUGUUUCCUCUAUUCUUAAAUUUGUGGUUGAACACAUUCUGGUAUUUAUUUAUUUUUUCCACAAAGCUGUGUUGUUUUUAAAAGUUUCAGAAGGCGGUCCAGAGCUUUUCAGGUUCCGUUGUCCCCUCAUUUGUGUAAAUUCUUUUUAGCGGGUGAUGGAGAGAAACGCAAGUUUUAG